AUGCUGGCCUGUUCGAUUCUGCGCCGCAUCUCUCCCUCGGCCAAGCCCUUUCCUGUGCAUUGCCCUGCAUCUACGUCUGCUUCUGCUUCUGCUUCCCCGGCAAGAGGCGCACAGAUCGCCUCCCAAUACGCUCGUCGACCCCGGUCUUUCCCACUCGCGUGCCCCUUCUCCACACGUCCGCGAUCCCAGGAACAACCGAGGGAAGCAUCCGCUCUCUGGACUAUCACAUUCACCCUACUCGCCCUUGGCGGAGGCGCCUGGCUCCACGAUAAAUACGUCAAUUCCACUGACCACCCGCCAUUGCAUCCUUCCCCAGCCGCGCCGCACAUACCCUCCUUCCUCGGUGUCAUUGAUACCCUCACCACCAUGCCUACCGAGCCCGCUCCGGGUACCGUCGGAACCCUCACCCCGGAACAAGAGGCGAAGCUGCAGGAGUUCUGGGUGCUGACCCUCAAAGUCUUUGGCGUGCCGCUCGAUGCGCUCGAGACCGAGCCGGCCAAUGGCAAGGGCAAUGCGGACGCUGCCCCGUCCAGUUCGGCCCAAGACAAGAAGAAGUCCGGCAAACGCCGGGGUUGGCUCUGGGGCCGCAGCAACGAGGACGAUGAUGACACCAAGAGCGCCUCCUCGGCGAACGGCAACACCUCGAGCCUGGCCUCGAUCAGCAUCACCGAGGGCGACGACAAGCACGGCCAGUCCAAGGAGUUCCAACGGGCGCUCGUCGAGCUGCAACCAGAGGAGAUCCGCACGGCCUUCUGGAACAUGGUGAAGCAUGAUAACCCGGAUGCGCUACUGCUGCGGUUCUUGCGCGCACGCAAGUGGGACGUCAACAAAGCGCUCAUCAUGCUGAUCUCGACUAUGCGCUGGCGCCUGCAGGAAGUGCACGUGGACGACGAUAUCAUGGCCAACGGUGAGGCCAAGGCCCUGAAGCAGGCCUCAAGUUCCGACGCGGCCGAGAAGAAGAAGGGCGAGGACUUUCUGAAGCAGAUGCGCCUGGGUAAGAGUUUCCUGCACGGCGUGGAUAAGCUUGGCCGCCCGAUCUGUGUUGUCCGUGUGCGGCUGCACCGGGCUGCCGAGCAGGAGGCAGAAUCGUUGGAGCGAUUUACGGUCUAUACUAUUGAGACUGCCCGGUUGCUAUUGGCGCCUCCGGUUGAGACUGCGACUAUCAUUUUUGAUAUGACUAACUUCACAGUGGCGAACAUGGACUAUACACCUGUCAAAUUCAUGAUCAAGUGCUUCGAAGCCAACUACCCUGAAUCUCUGGGCACCGUUCUCAUCCACAAGGCGCCGUGGAUCUUCUCUAGUUCGUCUAUUUCCAUCGCUAUCACCCCCAACAUCAUUGCUAACCCAGCUAUAGGUAUCUGGAGUAUCAUCAAGGGCUGGCUCGACCCCGUCGUUGCCUCCAAGAUCCACUUCACUAAGAACCGCGAAGACCUCGAAGCUUUCAUUCCCCCAAGCCAAAUCAUGAAGGAACUUGAAGGUGAUGAGAACUGGGAAUACGAGUACGCCGAGAUCCAAGAGGGCGAGAACACCCAAAUGGAAGACAAGGAGACCCGCGAUAAGCUGAUCGCCGAGCGCCAGGCUCUGGCGAAGGAGAUUCAGGACAUCACCAUUGAGUGGAUCCGUGCCAGCUACAUGAAGGAAACUGAUGCCGCGACCGCCGCCAAGAACAAACGCAACGGCCUGAUUGAGAAGUUGCGUGAGCAGUACUGGAUCCUGGACCCCUACAUCCGCUCUCGCUCGCUGUACGACCGCCUCAACAUUCUCAAGGGUAACGGCAAGAUCGAGUUCUAUCCUGAGGCGGAGAAGAGUCGGGAGGACGAAAAGAAGGCCAGCAGCAAUGCGGCUGCGGAGACGACAGGGGCUGCUUAG